CUCCCAACUUCAACCCCAAAAAGAACCUAAAGGCGCUAACUUUAUUUUUAAUCUUUUGCUUCAUCACUCUCUUCUCCUUCAUACACCAUUAUCAAUCACAAUCUCCCAAUUCGGAUAACAUCAUCAUCCAAAAAAAAAAAAUGGAUGGAGCACUCUUCCCUCACAAACCUCCAUACCCAAUUCAAUCCAAGAGAUCUCCACAACCUCAUCAAUCCUCUAACCAAUCUAUCAAAUUCAGUUCCGCUACACUUCACUUACCUCCUCCUUCUCCUCCUUCUUUCCCUCUCGAUUCUCUCCUUCACCAUCUCGUUCAUCUCUCCUCCACGCCUCCCAGACAUGCUGCUGCUCGUUUCCCUUCUCUCGAAGUCUCGGCUGAUUCAUCGUCACCGACUCAUAAAUGGCGGCAGGACUCGACGAAGCCCAUGUCGUCGAGCUCUGUUCUGGGUGUUGAGAUUGAGAACGAGAGAGGUGGGUCUUUGAAACUCUUGUGUAAGAAAGAAGUUAUCUUGGUUAAUUCAAUCGUUGAACAGCCUUUGCCUGGAUUGAAUAGGUUCUUCGAUUCUGUGAAAUCUGAGUUGUUUAGAACUGAUUUGGUUAGUUUGUUUAAGGGUCUUGAUGAUUCUGGGCAUUGGGAAAGAGCUGUUUUUUUGUUUGAAUGGUUAGUUUCGUCUUCGAAUUCUGGUGCUUUGAAGCUAGAUCAUCAAGUUAUCGAAAUCUUAGUUAGGAUCUUAGGUAGAGAGUCUCAGUACUCUGUUGCAGCUAAGUUGCUCGAUAAAAUUCCUCUACAAGAUUACCUUCUCGAUGUUCGCGCUUACACCACCAUUCUACAUGCUUAUUCACGGACAGGGAAGUAUGAAAAGGCUAUCAAUUUGUUUGAGAGGAUGAAAGAGUUUGGACCUUCACCAACUCUGGUUACUUACAACGUGAUUCUCGAUGUUUUCGGGAAAAUGGGUCGGUCUUGGAGGAAGAUUCUAGUGGUUUUAGAUGAAAUGAGAAGCAAAGGAUUGAACUUUGAUGAGUUCACUUGUAGCACUGUGCUAUCUGCUUGUGCAAGAGAAGGUUUGUUAAGAGAGGCCAAGGAGUUUUUCGCUGAACUUAAGUCGUGCGGCUAUGAACCUGGAACUGUAACUUACAAUGCUUUGUUGCAAGUUUUUGGUAAAGCAGGGGUUUAUACUGAAGCAUUAAGUGUUUUGAAGGAGAUGGAGGAGAAAAACUGCCCAGCUGAUUCUGUGACUUACAAUGAGCUUGUUGCCGCUUAUGUUAGAGCCGGUUUUAGCAAGGAAGCUGCUGGUGUCAUUGAGAUGAUGACGGAAAAGGGUGUAAUGCCGAACGCAAUCACAUAUACUACAGUGAUAGAUGCGUAUGGAAAGGCGGGAAAAGAGGACGAGGCUUUGAAGCUGUUUUAUAGUAUGAAAGAAGCCNAAAAAAAACAAUCUAUCAAAUUCAGUUCCGCUACACUUCACUUACCUCCUCCUUCUCCUCCUUCUUUCCCUCUCGAUUCUCUCCUUCACCAUCUCGUUCAUCUCUCCUCCACGCCUCCGCGACACNCCACUUGGAACACAAUGCUUGCUCUGUGUGGGAAUAAGGGUAUGGAUAAGUUUGUGAACCGGGUGUUCCGUGAAAUGAAGAGCUGCGGAUUUGAACCUGAUAGGGACACAUUCAACACGCUGAUUAGUGCUUAUGGGCGAUGUGGUUCAGAGGUUGAUGCCUCGAAAAUGUACGGUGAGAUGACAAAAGCAGGUUUCAACGCUUGUGUUACAACUUACAACGCGUUACUUAAUGCCUUGGCUAGACAAGGAGAUUGGAGAUCCGGCGAGAAUGUGAUUUCAGACAUGAAAAUUAAAGGCUUCAAACCAACUGAAACAUCUUAUUCGUUGAUGCUUCAGUGUUAUGCUAAAGGAGGGAACUAUCUAGGGAUAGAAAGAAUCGAGAACGGGAUAAACGAGGGCCAAAUAUUCCCAAGCUGGAUGCUUUUGAGAACAUUACUUCUCGCAAACUUCAAAUGCCGAGCACUAGCGGGAUCAGAGAGAGCAUUCACACUGUUUAAAAAGCACGGAUUCAAACCGGACAUGGUGAUUUUCAACUCAAUGCUUUCCAUUUUCACAAGGAACAACAUGUACGAUCAAGCAGAGGGGAUUCUUCAGUCUAUCCGCGAGGACGGGCUAAACCCGGAUCUUGUAACCUACAACAGCCUCAUGGACAUGUACGUAAGAAGAGGAGAGUGUUGGAAAGCCGAAGAAAUCCUCAAGACUCUAGAAAAAUCGCAGUUGAAACCGGACCUGGUCUCUUACAACACGGUGAUCAAAGGUUUCUGCAGAAGAGGGUUGAUGCAAGAAGCGGUUAGGAUGUUGUCUGAGAUGACAGCGCGCGGAAUCAGACCUUGCAUAUUCACUUACAACACGUUUGUUUCAGGUUACACGGCGAUGGGAAUGUUUGAAGAGAUAGAGGAUGUGAUUGAGUGCAUGGCGAAGAAUGAUUGCAGACCAAAUGAGCUGACUUUUAAAAUGGUAGUGGAUGGUUACUGCAGAGCGGGGAAGUAUAGUGAAGCUAUGGAUUUUGUGUAUAAGAUUAAGACCUUUGAUGCCCGCUUUGAUGAUCAGUCUAUUCAACGGCUUGCUCUCCGAGUACGUGAGAAUUUAGAAUCCUAAGACAAUUAUACAUAUUUGUUUUUUCUGUAGAUUUGGGUUUCUUUUUUUUUUUUUUUUUUUUUUUUUGUAUUGAAUUUACAUUUCAUUCACUUUAAUUUAAGCAAAACUUUGAUGAUGAAGGACGAAUAAAAAGGUUA